AUGUCGUCGUCGCUGGAGGUGGACAACCCCGGAGGAGGAGGAGGCGAGUCGGCGAACCGGCUCAGCCUCAAGCGCCACGACUCGCUCUUCGGCGACGCGGAGAAGGUCUCCGGCGGCAAGUACCAUGGGUCCGAGGGGAGCUGGGCCAGGACGCUGCACCUCGCCUUCCAGAGCGUCGGCAUCAUCUACGGCGACAUCGGGACGUCGCCGCUCUACGUCUACUCCAGCACCUUCCCUGACGGCAUCAAGUACAACGACGAUCUGCUCGGCGUCCUGUCGCUCAUCAUCUACACCCUCAUCGUCAUCCCCAUGCUCAAGUACGUCUUCAUCGUGCUCUACGCCAACGACAAUGGAGACGGCGGCACGUUUGCGCUGUACUCGCUGAUAUCGCGGUACGCCAAGAUCAGGCUGAUCCCCAACCAGCAGGCAGAGGACGCCAUGGUGUCGAAUUACAGCAUAGAAGCGCCGAACUCACAGCUGAGGAGGGCUCAAUGGUUCAAGCAGAAGCUCGAGUCCAGCAAGGCAGCCAAGAUUGUGCUCUUCACCCUCACAAUCCUUGGCACAUCCAUGGUGAUGGGCGACGGAACCCUGACGCCGGCGAUAUCUGUGCUGUCUGCGGUAAGCGGGAUCAAGGAGAAGGCACCAAACUUGACUCAGAAGCAAAUGGUAUGGAUCUCUGUUGCCAUUCUGGUGGUGCUGUUUGCUGUUCAGCGUUUUGGCACAGACAAAGUUGGCUAUUCAUUUGCACCCAUUAUUCUGAUGUGGUUCCUGUUCAUUGGUGGCAUUGGAAUUUACAACUUAAUCAAAUAUGACAUCGGUGUUCUGAGAGCUUUCUAUCCAAAAUACAUCGUAGACUACUUCAAAACGAAUGGAAAGGAUGCAUGGAUCUCCCUUGGGGGCAUCCUUUUAUGCUUUACAGGCACAGAAGCUAUGUUUGCUGAUCUAGGCCAUUUCAACAUAAGGUCAAUUCAGAUCAGUUUCAGCUUUAUUUUGUUCCCGUCAGUGUCAUUAGCUUAUAUUGGUCAAGCGGCGUUCCUUCGUAAACACCCAGAACAUGUUCUUGAUACUUUCUAUAAAUCAAUUCCAGGACCAAUGUUCUGGCCAACCUUCAUAAUUGCUAUCUCUGCUGCGAUAGUUGCAAGUCAGGCUAUGAUAUCCGGUUCAUUCGCAAUCAUUUCACAGUCACAAACAUUGGGCUGCUUUCCAAGGGUCAAAGUACUCCACACCUCAAAACUUUAUGAGGGGCAGGUGUACAUUCCGGAGAUAAACUUUGUUCUUGGGUUGCUUUGUGUGAUAGUAACAUUUGGUUUCAAGACAACGACUAAUAUUGGCAACGCAUAUGGAAUUUGUGUUACUUCUGUGAUGGUUAUUACAACUAUUCUGCUUGUAAUUGUGAUGCUUCUCAUAUGGAGGGUGAGCAUUUGGCUGAUAAUACCCUUCUGCCUGGUAUUUGGUUCCAUAGAGCUUGUCUAUCUUUCUUCAGUUCUAUACAAAUUCAAACAAGGGGGUUACCUACCUAUUGUGACUGCAGCAGUUCUACUGACGAUCAUGGGUGUUUGGCAUUAUGUCCACGUAAAGAAAUACUGGUACGAGCUUGAGCACAUAGUUACAAAUGAAGAUAUGCGAGAACUCAUUCAAGCAUAUGACGUAAAAAGAACUCCUGGGGUAGGCUUCCUCUAUAUAGAAUUAGUGCAGGGUGUCCCACCAAUUUUCCCCCACCUCAUUGAGAAAAUACCCUUUGUUCAUUCAAUCCUAGUGUUUGUUUCCAUUAAACACCUGCCGAUCCCUCAUGUUGAGGUUUCAGAACGAUUCCGCUUCAGGAAAGUUGAGUCAAGAACCUCCCGGAUGUUUCGGUGUGUGGCACGAUAUGGGUACAGUGAUACCAUAGAAGGGGCUAAGGAAUUUUCUGCUUCCCUUGUUGAAGGACUCCAAUCAUAUAUUGAAGAAGGGCAUUUUAUCACAAACAUGCAAAUUCAGGAAACUGAGGCUGAAGCAACCUCCAUCACAGAUAGUAACACAAGAACACGUAAAGCCAGCGGCUCCACAGUGUACAUUGAAGAGGCACUGACGCAAAGUGAAACUACAGAUCUCACCCAACCUCCCAUAAGCAGCUACUCAGCGCACUCAUCUGGAAGGAUUAGCGAAGACCAAUCCCGCACAAUUGCAGAAGAAAAACAAUUUAUUCAGAGGGAGCUGCAGAAAGGAGUGGUCUAUAUUCUUGGAGAAACUGAAAUCAGGGCAGGAUCAAAUUCUUCCUUUUUCAAAAAGAUUGUUGUCAACUACAUGUACUCAUUCCUGAGGAAGAACUUCAGGCAAGGGAGAAGGCUUUUGCAAUCCCAAGGCAGAAGUUGCUCAAAGUGGGAAUGGUAUAUGAAAUUUAAGCAUCAUGAAGAGACUACUGCAGAGGGAGCUGCAUUGGUUUCACCAAUACAGGCAGUGUCCCUGGCAACAUGA